GGCCUUCGCAGCACUGGGCCUUUGGCUCCGCGGCCGCCGUAGCCAUGGCAACCGGGCGGGGGAGGAGGAGGAAGCAGCGCCCUCCUGCCCGGCCCUGCGGCCGCCAGAGUGAGGUUCACCAUUGCUGAGGACUCUGAUGAGGCCACUCCCAGCAGCAGGACUGGAAUGACUUUCACUGCACAGAAGUGCGGGGUCUGCUUCCAGCCCCUAUCCAUCGUCCUCAUCUACAGAGACCACAGCCAGGAUAAGACCCGCCGGCGCAUCAUGCCCGUCAGGAAUUUCUCCAGGUUCUCAGACUGCAGCGUUGCCGCCGAGCAGCUGAAGAACAACCCUCGGCACAAGGCCUACCUGGAAGGGGUCUCGAUGCGUCAGCUCCGGAAGCUCUACAGUUUGCUGAGAGGCCAUCUGGGAGGAGAGAGCCUGGCUGAGAGCUUGGAAAAGUUUCAGCAGGAAGAGACCAUUGACCCAGAGGAGGAUAUGAACAAACUAGACGACAAGGAACUAGCCAAGAGGAAGAGCAUCAUGGAUGAGCUCUUCGAAAAGAACAGGAAGAAGAAGGAUGACCCUGAUUUCGUCUAUGACAUUGAGGUGGAGUUCCCACAGGACGAGCAGCUGGAGUCCUGUGGCUGGGACAUGGAGUCAGAUGAAGAAAUCUGAUUCCAGACAGAAGUGUCUUGGAUGGGCAGCUCAGAGACAAAUCUCACUGUCCCAGCAGGGAGGACGAUGUCGGUGCCGCAGGAGCUGAUGCACGUUGGCUAUGGAGAACCCGAGGGGCCACAGCAAUCCCAGGGUUAAGAGAGCUUUGUUUAAGAAGCCAGACUUGAUGAAAUGGAAACUGGACAGCUGAAAUCGUUGGGUGGUUUUAGUCUUUUCCUACAUAAAAGAAUUUUAAAUUAUUUAAUCUUUCAAUUUUUUUUUUUUUUUUACAUUUCAGUCAGCUUUGGCUGAAAAUGAAAUGUUAAAUAUUCAUGUCCUGAAAGCACUGUUAAAGCUGUAUUGCACAAGUAGAGUGUUUCUUACUGCCUGCUGGGAAGCUAAAUAUAUAUCAUUCUUUCU